GGCAGUCACUAUUACAGUUCAGCGUGGCUGUUUUCUUGAAGAAGGCUGGAGGGAGAUGAUACUCUCCAGAUCCCAAAGGCACGGUUGAAGGCGUUCGCCCCCCCUCCCCCCAAAAGCUCCAAGAGGGGAGGGUCUUCCAGAGACAGCAAUUUAGAAUCAGGCUGAACUGGGCAAGUAUGGGCAUAGUGGUAGGUGCAGGUGAAGACACCUAACGCUUUCUUUUUUCUUACGUUGCUUAAAGACGUACUACAGUUACCGAUGCCUACUCUUUAAGUCGUCUUUAGAAAAAUUAGAAGUGAUUUAAACAAUUGGAAGCGAAAGAAAAAAAUAUUAGGGCCAACGAAAGCAUUACUAUUUUCAGUUUACUCAACCUUUGUAGAAUGCAUGCCUAGAACCAGACUGCCUGAGAACCUCUACUACGCUUUCAUCACUGAGAAUUAAAUACCACAUAAAAUGCAACUGUGAAGAUAUAGUUACAGCCUUUGUGUUAAUGAAACUGUAACUAUUGUGAUUCAGUGCCCUGAAAAUGAAGAACUUCAAUAAACAAAGAGGACAUUUAUGGGGUAAUAGAGUGUUGAGACCUGGAAUUUAAACUUCGGCUACUACUUGAAGGUAUGGUGAAGGCAACAGAUGCAGAGAAGAUUGCCACUGCAAAAUUAGUUUUUACUCACAGUUCUCGAGAAGAAGGGUCAUGCUAUAUACCACAAAGACCCACACAAAACAACACCAAGCAUCUAACCUGUAUGGAAUCUGAGGAUCCUUCCUUUGAACAAAAUGAUUCACCUACAGUUGUGCCUAUUACUACUCCUGAAGCAAAUGAUUCACUCACAUCACAGACGAUACCAGGACCCCUGACUCAGACAAUUGCUCAGACUGCUGAGCAAUUCCAUCUAGUGGACCAAAAUGGACAACCUAUUCAAUAUGAACUUCAAUCAUUGGAGGAUUCUAAUACACAAAUGAUGAUUGUUGCCAGCCCAUCAGAAAAUGGACAGGUGCUUCGUGUAAUUCCAUCUAUUCAAACAGGAAUGACCCAUGUGAUUAUACCUCAAGAGCAGCUUGUUGAUGUGAAUGGUCCCCAGGAUGUCUCUGAAGAGAAACCCAGUGAUAACUUACCAACUGUAAGAGUAGAUGAUCUUGCAGACAAUACCAGUAGUUACAUUCUUCAUCCACAAGCAUCCCUCACAUUGCCCAAAAAGUCGAUGACCAGAAUGUUUGAAGAACCUUUGCUGGCUCCUCUCCAGCCACUUUCUUCUAAUACACCUAUAUGGGCCUGCCGUCUUAGAAGCUGUGAGAAAAUUGGAGAUUCAUAUCGUGGCUACUGUGUAAGUGAGACUGAAUUAGAAAGUAUCCUAACAUUUCACAAGCAGCAAACACAGAGUGUUUGGGGGACCCGCCAGUCUCCAAGCCCAGCCAAGCCUGCCACCCGCCUGAUGUGGAAAUCCCAGUAUGUCCCAUACGAUGGAAUCCCAUUUGUCAAUGCAGGAAGUAGAGCUGUAGUAAUGGAGUGUCAGUAUGGGCCAAGGAGAAAAGGUUUCCAGUUAAAAAAGAUUAGUGAGCAGGAAAACAGGUCUUGUCAUCUCUACAAAGCCACUUGUCCAGCCAGGAUUUACAUUAAGAAGGUACAGAAGUUUCCUGAAUAUAGAGUAUCUACAGACCCCAAAAUUGACAAGAAAAUAAUUAGAAUGGAACAGGAGAAAGCCUUUAACAUGUUAAAGAAGAACUUGGUAGAUGCUGGUGGUGUUCUUAGGUGGUAUGUGCAGUUACCUACACAGCAAGCUCAUCAGUAUCAUGAAUUAGAGACUCCUUGUCUCCCUUUAUCACCCACCCCCUUUCCUGUGGCUUCUAUUGAGGAAGAGGAAGCUGUGCUAAGAGAUGAGAAUUGUGCUUUGCCUUCACGCCUUCAUCCUCAAGUAGCACAGAAGAUUCAAGAGCUGGUGUCACAGGGAGUAGAACAAGUAUAUGCAGUAAGGAAACAGCUACGAAAAUUUGUAGAAAGAGAACUAUUCAAACCUGAUGAGGUACCUGAAAGACAUAACUUAUCAUUUUUUCCAACUGUAAAUGAUAUAAAAAAUCAUAUCCAUGAGGUACAGAAAUCCCUGAGAACUGGAGAUAUGGUUUAUAACUCAGAAAUUAUUCCAGCAACGCUUCAGUGGACAACAGAUGGUGAGAAUAUUCUCAGAGAAACUGUGACAGUUACAUUUGCUGAAGGAAAUUCAUCAGGAGAAUCAAUUACCACCAAAGUGGGAACAACUCAGACAGGAGCUUCUUUGUCUCCAGAGCCAAAUCAAUUGUUCUCCUCAGUGCCCUCAUUACAGCCCAAAAUAUUUACACAACUACAGGGUUUGCAGUUACAACCAAGAAUCACCUCUCCUGAAGGAUCACCAACUCUGCUAUCAGUAAAUAACCAUCCCUCCUCCAGUCCUUCAAGACUUCUAAAUUCCACAGGAAGUGCCAUAAUGAGUAAUACUUCUCCACUGCUUGGUCAUAGUCAUAGCCUUCAAACAGAUAUAUGUCUAACUCAAAACAACAGUACUGCCUCUGCCAUGGGUAGCCUUCCAGGACCAGAUCAAACUCUAGUUGCUGUGGAUCAGCUGGUGGAAGAUGAAGAUGUUGAGAAUACUGAGAAUCUGGAAGGAAGUGUUCAUAGGAUCCUGUUGGGAGAUAUGCACACCAUUCCAAUACAAAUUAUAGACAGCCACUCAGCUCUUAUUGAAGAAAAUCUGGAAGGUACUAUUUCUAUGAGUCAAGUUAAGCAAGAACCCAAAGAAACUACAAUGUCUAUGGAAGCAAAAAAUAAAUUGGACUGUAAGAAAUUAUCUGCUACAUAAAUUUUUGAAGCUUUUCAGAAUUUACAACUCUGGUGACUUCUGAUAUUUAGAAAAGAAGGUGAAUAUUGUCAAAGUACAGCAUUGUGAUAACUGGACUGAAGACUGUUUUGACUUAAAACUGGAAUAUUUGUUGCCAAUUCCAUAUUUUUUACCUUCCUUAAGAGAUGUUACUCUCUUUAUUUUGUAUACUCUCUUUAUUUUUAUGUUUGUUGAUUGUCUAAUAAUCCAGUAUUUCAAAAGAUUGUCUGUUAUCCACAGUAAUUUAUUCUGAACACAAAUGUUACAUAUUCCAUCCCUGGAUAUAUCCAAUUAUGGUCUUAAUAAGACAAAGGAGAACAAUAACAAAAAGACAGUGUAUGAGCAUAUAUUUGUUUUAACAUAUGUAUGUCAUGAAUUUUAAGUUGUGAAGACAUUUUUAGUUAGCAGGUAAGUGAGAAAGUAUUUAUAGUAUCUUAUCUAGAAAGAUACAUAGUAGAUUUUGCAUAACACAAAGCACAGCAGUCACAUUUGUGGAAACUGCAGUUUUAUUUUAGCUUCUUGUCAUUUUCAAAUUUUUUAACUACAAAUAGUAUAGUAAUGGUUAUCUGACAAAAUUUAAGUGUCUUGGUAAGUACUGAACAGAUUAAAUUGAUUACUUGAAUUUAUUAAAUAAGCAACAGAAGUGAGUACAUAUGGCAUGGAUUUUAGCUGUACUGGAAUAAAAUCCUGUCAAAUGGUAGAAAGAUGAAGAGAGAGAGAAUUUGUAAAGGAGUUUUUUGAUGAUAGCAGAGAAUUUUUUGUUUGUUUUAAAGAUUCAGUGCUGAUUAGAAAAUAAUUUGAGUUAUAUUUACAUCUUUUUCAUAUCAUAGUUCUUAUUGAAUGGGUAUUAGGAUUCAGAGUAUUUCAAGGUAAGUAUAUAAUAGACAGUUUAAAAGACAUACAUUUAACAUUUUUAAAAUGUUAUUUGCCUAUUAGGUAAAUGUAUUUGCUUCAAACACAAACACUAAAAAGUGUAUUCAUUCUAAGCACCUGUUUUCUGGAAAAUGGGCAAGCUAGAAAUGUUAAAUAUAGCUGUCAAGAAAUCAGUCUAGCCACACGUGGGUGGCUCACACCUGUAGUUGUAGCUACUCACGAAGCUGAGAUCUGAAAAUCUCCGUUCAAAGCCAGCCCGAGCAGGAAAACCCUGGAGACUCUUUAUCUCCAGUUAA